AUGCCGCCGCAGUCCAUGAUGGCCCGGCAGGGCACGACGCUCACCUCUGCAUCUGCGUCGUCAUCUUCGUCUCCCGCGGCGCAGACGUCGGUCGGGGCUCAGCCCCAGCCCGCCUCGAAGCAGAGCAAGAUCCUCAUCCCGGCCAUCGCUGCUCCCGUCGUCAUUGUCAUUGUCCUCCUCGGAGCCAUUCUCUUCUCGAUUCGGCGCAAGUUCAAGCAAGAUAAUCGGCGGCGGACCCAACGCCCGUCGUCGUCUGCGACAGCGCAAAGGCCGCCGCCGCAGGCGACUGUGCCCUGGUACAAGCGUUUCGCAAGCGCCUUUUACCGCACGGCCGUCUAUGGUCCCGGUGGUAACGUGACGGCCUCGACGACUGCCCUGCAGGCCCAGAAUGCUGCCGAUUCAACCUCUGCCCCCCGCACAGACCAGGGCACAGGCCGGAACCAGAGACAGAAUCGAAGGCGGCGGGAUGGCGUCCGGCGGACAGAUAGCGGUCAUAGCGUAAAGACGCUGCCUGAAUAUCGGACAGCGCUGGGCGAGGACGAGAUGAUGCUCUACAAGGGCGACUCAUCUCUCUCGGUCAACGACGUCUCGGUCAACGUCGAAGAGACGGAGACGCCUCCACGUCGACACUCUCGCCGAUCAAGCCAUCACGUCACAGUCGAUCUUUCGCAUUCGUCCGACUCUCAUCGACGAGAGGAAGACGAGGCGAACAGCACGCCCCUUCUUUCCUCUCCUACACUCGAUCCUCAGCAGUCUACACGGGAGACGGAAGGCGAGCUGGGCGAUCUGGGAAGCAAUGUCACUACCUCACCAUCGAGACGCGAGUCAAGGAGAAGCGUCAUGGGUGUCGCAGAGACGCUCUCUAAUUCCAUAAGGCGAUCCAUGAGGCUUGGCGGGCCCAGAGACGGAGGUGCAGCGCAUGCAGCGCACUCCAAUGGCGAUGGCAAUGAGAUGGACGAGCUCGGCCACAGACAAGAGUCAGAGGCUGAUGCGAGAGAAGAGCUCCAAGAGGAGCAAGGUCAGCUGUCGGACACGCCAGAGUACUCCUCCCUCUAUCCUCAGCUCCCGCCGUCAAUUCGAUUCGAAGACCAGCCGGAGCCCGAGUCACCUGCGAACAACCGAAGACGAGCUUUUAGGAGCCUGUUCAAGCGAGGAGGGGGUGCGAUAGCAGCAGGCGGCACCGCCGUUGGACAACAUCAGGCGAGCGCAUCAUUGGGCUCUGUGCAGAGCUUUGGUCAGGAUCGCUAUUCGACGGACCAGUCACCACCGCACCAUCGACGGUUCAACUCGAGCGCAUCAGUCCUCAGCAGCCUGACACCCUCAGACUUGGGCGCAGGAGGCUCGAGCUUGAGCUUGAGCCUGCAGCCUUCCCGCGGCAGCAUGGCAGCUGGGCAACAAUCGACGUCGUCCCGCGCCCGUUCCAGCUCCUUUGGCCGGCUUCUUCAUCUCAACAACAGCAGCGCCUCGCUCGAUCCCUCGAACGACUCAUCGAUGGUGCAAGGACAGACGGCAGACGGAAGGAGAAUCUCAUCGCCCCUGCACGGCAGCCUAAUUCGAAUGCAGUACGAGGCACCUGCCAGGGGCCUCACAGAGUCACAGAUGUCCUUCCUGGCCUCGGUCGACAGCCUGGGCCGCUUUGGCGUGCCCGUCAAUCCUCAGACCGAAGGAGUGGCCGCGGAGCCGCCGACGUACGAUGGCGGCGACGCGAGGCCCAGCCAGGAUUCGACAAUGGCUUCUCCGCCAGCACAAAUGGGCGCGCCGAGACCGGCACCGCUCCUCACGCACGCUGAAGUGGCCGCGAGAGCCGAAAGGAGCGAGCAAGAGGGUGGCCAAGGUUCGCUCUUGCCGACUGCUAGAACCGAAGAAACGACUUCUUCCACGACUGCCACAACCACGACUACGACGACGACUGCGGACCGAGACGAAUGA